UUUAAAACAAUAAGUAUAGUUUUUUCAUUGACCUAGUUUGUAGUAAACAAAUACCAUCUUCCUAUAAUCAUGCAUGCAUAAACACAACUAACACGGUCAUGUCUUCAUCUUUGAUCUCCCCAGUGUAUAAAUACACACAGAACAGAAGGGAGAAAGAACCUCACUUUCUUUUCCAUUAUAGGGAGAAAAAAAGAAAAAAAACGUUUUCUUUUAGAAAUCUGUCACAACUCUGACCCGACCUCCGGCAUGUCGGGAAAGCACUGCUGCGACAAGUGGGCAUGGCGGCGCAAGAUGUUAAAACGAAUCUUCUGGGGCAUCGUCAUCGUCGGCUCGAUCGGUGUGGCGACUUUCCUGAUCCUCAGGGCCAUUUUCAAGCCGUCCAAGCCAAACUUCGUCCUCCAAGACGCCACCGUUUUCUCCUUCGCCGUCACCUCCCCCAACCUCCUCACCUCCACCUUCCAGGUCACCCUUUGCUCCAGCAACCCAAACGACAGGAUGGGCGUCUACUACGACAAGCUCGCCGUCUACGCCACGUACGGCAAGCAGCAAAUCACCCUCCGCACCGCUAUCCAUCCCACCUACCAGGGCCAGAAGGACACCAACAUCUGGUCACCGUUCAUCUACGGCACUGCCGUACCGAUUGCGCCCUUCAACGCCCUGUCGCUCAACCAGGACCAGGCCAAUGGGGCCGUGCUGCUCACCGUCGAGAUCGAUGGAACGGUCAGAUGGAAAGCUGGGAGCUUCAUUUAUGGUCGCCAACAUCUCAACGUGAGGUGUCCCGCUUAUAUAAGCUUCGGUAACAAUACCAACGGUAUUGUGGUGGGAGAUAACGCCGUUAAGUACCAGCUUCUUCAGAGUUGCAGCGUUAGCGCAUGAACGUGGUGGGGGCCCUUUCCCAUUAUCCAUCUCUCUAUUAACGCCGUUAGUUUCUUGUUUAUG